AUGAACUCACUCGCCAUCCGAGCCUCCAAGCUUCUCAGAUUCUCUCCGAGAUCUUCUCUUGUAAGUGCUGAGAGAGGCUCGAGGUCUUGGUUCUCGACUGGUCCGAUUGAUGAAGGCAUCGAAGAAGAUUUCGAAGCAACCAUUCCAGAGAGACCCGAGCUUCAGCCUCAAGGAGUUGAUCCCCGUAAAGGCUGGGGAUUUCGCGGUGUCCAUAGGGCGAUAAUAUGUGGGAAAGUAGGGCAAGCACCGAUACAGAAGAUCUUAAGGAACGGACGAACAGUGACGAUCUUCACAGUUGGAACAGGGGGCAUGUUUGAUCAGAGGCUUGUGGGAGCAACAAAUCAGCCGAAACCGGCUCAGUGGCAUAGAAUCGCAGUGCACAACGAAGUUCUUGGCUCUUACGCUGUCCAAAAACUCGCCAAAAACUCAUCGGUUUAUGUGGAAGGAGAUAUUGAGACGAGAGUGUAUAAUGAUAGCAUCAGCAGUGAAGUGAAGAGUAUCCCUGAGAUUUGCAUUCGCCGUGAUGGGAAGAUUCGGCUAAUCAAAUACGGUGAAAGCAUUAGCAAAAUCUCUUUCGAUGAGCUAAAAGAAGGGUUGAUUUAG